AUGAACACGGCGAAACUCAAGCAAUUCGGUGAAGAGCAGUGGCGCGGGAAGGGCGACAAGAUAAAUGCGGAGCUUUUCGUGAUGACUUAUGGGGCACUGGUGAAGCAGCUGUGGGAGGACUACGAGGAUAUUGGCGCGGUUAAUAGCGCACUGGAUCGAAUGGGAUAUGGAAUUGGUGUGCGUCUGAUUGAGGAGUUUCUCGCAAAACAUAGCCCGGGUUUGGCUAAAUGUAGGGUCUUCGCUGAGACAGCUGACGUUGUGGCUAGCGUGGGGUUCAAGGUCUUCCUGAAUGCUAGCGUUGGAGUGUCGCAUAUCACCCACGAUGAAUACUCGCUCACUCUUCUCGAUAAUCCGCUUAAUCAGUUCGUUGCCCUCCCCGAUUCAGCUGUCGAGAAAGGCCUCCUUUACAGCAACAUACUCGCAGGUUGCGUUCGAGGUGCGCUUGAAAUGGUUAAUAUGCACACCGCUGUUACUUUCACAGAGGAUGAACUACUCGGCCACCAACACACCACUAUCAACGUUAAAUUACUCAAUUAUAUCGAUGAACAUGUACCAGAUGAUGAAUAA